CGCCAUAUCAAGAAGAAAGUGUUACUUUAUUAUCAGAUACGGACUCGGUUUUCAAUACAACCUCAAAUUCCAACAUUAGCCCUACAGAAAUUAAUAUAUUGAAUGGUCAUGAAGAAUCGAAUUUUGUUAUCACAGAUUAUGGAUGGUUUGGUAAGUUUCGUAGGUCAACUACUGCUGUUAUAAUUGUAGCUGCAAUGGCUCUUUUCACCGAUAUGAUUGUGUACGGGAUCGUUUUACCUAUCUUACCACUUAUCGUCCAUGAAAGACUUGGGCGUGACUCUAAAUCUAUUGGAUUUCUAUUCGGUUGUUAUGCUAUUGGAUUGUUAAUUGCUACUCCCAUUUUUGCUGUGUUUAGCGAUAAAUACCAUACCAGAAAGGUUCCAAUGUUAUUUGGUAUGGCAUGCCUUGCGAUUUGUUCAUUAUUAUUUGGAAUAGCUGAUAAAUAUUGGCAACUUGUUUUCGCUCGUAUCGCACAGGGUGCUGCCGGUGGUGCAUCAUGGACAUUAAGUUUGGCUAUGUUGGCAGAUAGAUUUGGAUCAGGACCAAAACUUGGUGUAGUAAUGGGAACAGUCUUAUCAGCAAAUACGUUAGGUGCAAUAAUUGGACCUUUAGUUGGAGGGAUACUUUUUCAAUAUUGGGGAUAUGUGGCACCAUUUAUAUUUUGUGCAUCGUUGGCAUUUUGUGGUUUCUUGACUAUCUUAAUGAUUGUUGAGCCUUUAGAUUUAACAACAUCCGGAUUAGAUAUAACGACAAAUCAACAUGUUGAUGAAAAUUCUAUCAUUGACGAUGAUUUAAAUAAUAUGAAUCAGGAAUUUUCUACAAUAACUCCUUCUAUUUUGAAUUUAAUUUUAGAUUGGAAUAUAAUUACGAUUUGUUUAUCUAUUAUUGUUGUUGGUAGUGUAUUAGCCGGAAUUGAACCAAUUUUACCAAUUUAUCUUCUAGAAAAGUUUGAUGCAAAUGCAUCACAAAUUGGAUUAAUAUUUAUUGCAAUAGCAAUACCAACAUUUUUAUCACCAGCAGUAGGAUACGUAUCAUUUCACAUAGGACAAAGAAAAACGUGUGGUUUCGGUAUAAUAUUAUUAGGGGUUGCUACACCAUUAAUUUCUUUACCGAAGAGCUUAUGGAUGGUAGGGUUACCAUUAUUACUUUUUGGUGCUGCGUAUUCUAUAGCAACAACACCAACAUUACCAUUACUUGGACAUUAUGUUACGCAAAAAGGUGGGGGAGCCUAUGGUCAAGUAUAUGCUUUAUGGAAUAUGGCAUAUUCCAUUGGAAUGUUUGUUGGACCAGUUAUUAGUGGUUUGUUAGUUGAAUCAUUUGAAUUUCAAAAAACACUUAUAAUAUUAGGUAUUGCUGCUUUGACUACGGUGCCUUUGGUUUUUGGAAGAUUUGGUGAAAAAGCAAGCGUUAGAAGGUUUGAGCAAGUUCCUACUGACGAGGCUUAG